AUAUUAAAGGAGGCAAUAUUUUGGUGGAUAAUAAAGGAAGAAUAAAAAUAUCAGAUUUUGGAAUAUCCAAAAAAGUAGAAGACCAGAUUAGGGCAUCAAUUGUGGUGCGACCAUCGUUGCAAGGAUCCAUUUUUUGGAUGGCACCAGAAGUUGUAAAACAGACAGCUUACACAAGUAAAGCUGAUAUAUGGAGCUUAGGAUGUCUGAUUGUUGAAAUGUUUACAGGAACUCAUCCAUUCCCAGAGUAUAAUCAAAUGCAAGCAAUGUUUAAGAUUGGUACGGAAUCAUGUGCACCAGAAAUUCCAAAAAAUGUAUCUGAUGAUGCAAAAGAUUUCUUGAAAAAGACAUUUGAACC